AUGGGUUUGAAGUUCCGUGGCGGCCUUCUCGGCCCCAAGAACACGGGCAGCGAAGUUCCCGUAGUGAGCGAGAAGCAAAACGACGCCGAGGGCCAGCUUCCCCAGGACAAGGAAACCUACCCCGGAGUGAACACGGCUGCCACCUUUGCCUCCGCCUCGGACAGCGAUGACGAGAAGAAAGAUAUGCAGUUUGGCGUUCAGGUCGCCGAGGCCACCCUCCAGGUCUGGACCAAAGAGCACCUGAUUGCCGCCUAUGUCCUUAUCUGGUUGAUCAACUUCCUCCAAGCUUUCGCAUCUGGUGUCGUCGGUACCUUGACCACCUAUGUCACCAGUGAUUUCGCGGCACACUCGCUCACCUCGACUACGGGCAUCAUUGCCGGUCUCAUCCCCGGUCUUACCAAGCUGGCCUACGCCAAGUUCAUCGACAACUUCGGUCGGCCCCAGGGUUUCGCCCUGGCCAUCAGCGUCAUCACCAUUGGUCUCAUCCUGAUGGCCGCCUGCGGCAAUGUAACCACCUACUGCGCCGCUGCCGUCUUCUACUACACCGGCUACUCGUGGCUCGACUUUACCAUCACCAUCUUCAUUGCCGAUACGUCUAAGUUGCGCAACCGGGCCUUCAUGAUUGCCUAUGCCGCCUCGCCCUGGCUGAUCACUGUCUGGGUCUAUGGCCUGGCUUGUGAUUUGAUCAUCGCAGACGGCGGCAUUGGCUGGCGAUGGGCCUUUGGCAUCUUCUCCAUCAUCUUCCCCGUCGUCUGCGUGCCUCUCUGGUUCCUGUUCUUCAUCAACCAGCAAAAGGCCAUCAAGCGAGGACUUGUUCACGUCAAACCCCACGGUCGCGGACCCUGGGCCAACUUCGUCUUCUACGUCAAGGAGUUUGAUCUGAUUGGUAUUAUUCUUGCUGCUGGUGGUAUUGGCCUGUUCCUACUCUCUUUCAGCUUGUUUGCACUGCAGACCGAGGGUUGGCGCGCCCCUUUGAUCAUCUGCUUCAUCGUCUUCGGUGGCCUCCUGAUCAUUGCCUUUGUCGUAUGGGAGAAGUAUUUCGCUCCCGUCACCUUUAUCCCCUGGAGACUGAUCAAGAACCGCACCGUCUUCUUCACCUACACCAUGAUGGCUUCUCUGUACACCGCAUGGUACCUAUGGGACAACUACUUCUACUCGUUCCUGGUCGUCGUCUUCAACCUCGACGCCCAGAAGGCUACCUACAUCACCAACAUCUACACCGUCGGCAGUACCUUCUGGGCCCUCGUGGUUGGUAUUUUGAUCCGCUACAACGGUCGCCUCAAGUGGCCCUCCGUUUUCUUCGGUGUGCCCAUGACCAUCCUCGGUGUCGGCCUGAUGAUCCAAUUCCGUGAGCCCGAUAGCAAUGUUGGAUACAUUGUCAUGUGCAUGAUCUUCAUCGCCUUCGGAGGUGGUACUCUGGUUAUCUGUGAGCAGAUGACCGUCAUGGCCGUGUCGAAGCACCAGGACAUCCCGGCCAUCCUUGCCAUGGAGGGUAUGGUCGCUGCUAUGGGCCAGAGUAUCGGUUCCACCAUCGCCGCCGCCAUGUGGACCAACAUCUUCCCUGGCAAGCUGGCCGAGUUCCUGCCGGCUGAGGCCCAGGGCGAUCUGGCCUCCAUCUACGCCGACAUUACCGUUCAGGCCGGGUACCCGAUCGGCAGCCCGACGCGCGACGGCAUCAACAAGGCGUACGGUGCGACACAGAAGCUGAUGUUGAUCGCCGCGACGUGCAUGUACAGUAUUACCUGGGGCAGCACCUUCAUGUGGGAGAGCAUCAACGUCAAGGAGAUCAAGCAGAUCAACGGACCCGUCAUGUGGUAG